AAAACCAAAAAUCUGAAAGUUGCAGAGAGCUUUGUCACUGUUACCUGAUCGGCUUUCCUGUGCAAAUUAAGAAGACGAAGAAGAAGCAGUCUGCAAAAACUCUUCAGAUUAAUUGUAGAACAUACCUCAAGGAAAGCAUUCAUUCAUGGGUGAGUCUGAUCAUCACCAAGCUGACAGCAAUGCCAUAGAAAAAGUGGAUGGAAACUUCUUACUAGCACCCCGAGCAUUUGACAUACCAUGGGGUAAAGAUUAUUGGCGCAUUCCUCCUGAAACAAAGGUUGGAGAACCUGCAGCACAAUCUAGUUCCCUAAAGUGGAUUGAACUUAGCAGUUCAGUAACUGUAGUUCCAGGAAAGAAAUAUCGCAUAAGUUUCAGAUUAGGCUUUGAGCCAGAUGCAUAUGGUUAUGAGGGCACUCCUGUUUUCUUAAUGGCUAAAAUUGGGAAGACUGGGCGCCAUAGCUGGAAAAGGUUAAAGAAACUGGAGAAGGUACCUAGAGGACCAAUUGAUACUCCAGAUGACAAUGACCCCUUUGAAAUUGAGGUUCCAUCUUCAGAAGUUUCUGACCCUACCAUCCAUUUUGGUAUCUAUGAAACUUGUGCUUGGAAUUCAAAGAAAGGUUUGCUGUUAUACAGUGCAUCAGUGAAAGAAGUUUAGGGUUUUAUGUUUAUGAUUUUUUUUUUCCCUCUCUCCUCUUGCUGGAUUGGAUGCUAUGUUGUCUGGAUUGAAUAAUGAAUGCUGAAAGAAGGAACAAUGGCAAUAAUAGUGAUGAGAAUCC